CACGUCACGGGAAACACCAGCAGCCCACAGCCCCGGAGCCUCACACCCCGCGCCGGCAGCACUGCCAGGAGCAGCCCCAGCUCCAGCGCCCGCAAUGCCCAGCCCUAGAGCAGCAGGACAAGGCCAAACCAACCGGCUCUUGUGAGGCCCUUGGUUGCCUUGCAUGAGGGAGGCCGACCAUGGCAGCAGGACCCCCUGCAACCUGGAUGCCCUGAGGCCCCACUGUGCUGGUGCAACACCCCCGUGGGGCAGAGACCAGCCCCGAUGGCUCCCACACCACGGUGACGGCAGCCAGAGGCAGGGACGGUGAGUGGUGGCUGGUGGUGUCCAAGGUGUCUGGCAAGGAGUGCCACGUCCCCAGCAGCUGCGUGGCCAAGGUCAGGCACAGGUAAAUGCUGGGGAGGGUCUGUCCCAGAAUGGGCCCCAGGGAACAUGCCCCCACCACAGCCAGCCUGGCCAAGCCCGAGGCCAAACCCCAGCCGCCAGUGUCCUGCCCUAUUUCUCUCCCUGGGCCGUGGAGCAGUGCUGGGGCUCGGGGAGGCAGCACAGCAUGCCAGGGUGUCCCCAGGGUGGGCACUGCUAUACCCCAAGCUGUCCCCUCCACCCUGGCUGGGGCAGGACAGGCCCUGACGGGCUGGGUGUCCCUGCAAAGCUGGGUGAGGCUCUGCUCGUGCCUGCUGCCUGUGCAGGUGGCUGUACGAGGGCGUCAGCAGGCAGAAGGCAGAGGAGCUGCUGCUCCAGCCAGGCAACCGCAGUGGGUCCUUCCUGAUACGGGAAAGCCAGACCAGGCAAGGUGAGUACUCCCUCCCGGCCAGCCCCACUGGGGUACUGAGGUCAUGCGUGGGGCCCUGGUGGGGCUGAUCCUCCAUCGCUCACACGUGGUGGCAAUGGCCUGCCCUGCGUGGCGGUUUUCUGGUGCUGCUGCUCCCGACUUCGUGCUGAGCCUCCGCCUUUGUCACGGGGCCUCAAAAGAAAAAAACACCAGCAGGCUUCCUGCAGCUUUUGGUUAAGCAGAGAAGGGAAAAGGCUCAGCCUCUGAAAGUAAAGGGGCCCCUGCGAGAUCCUACCGGCUGCCCCAGGGCACAGAGCUGGGGCACUGGCACAGCACACCCUGGUCCCAUGGCUGCUUGGGCGCCGAGGGGGCUGCGGGGCUGGGGAGGGCCCGUCCCUGCAUCAUCCCUGGAAGCAGAGACAGGCACAGAGACACAGCAGCUGAUGCUGAGAGCGCAUGGGACACGGCCAGCAGCUACUCAAGGUCAGCCCCUGUCCCAGCCCUCUCCCACACCCCAGUUUGGAAGGGCUCAUGGCAUACGGCCGGCACAGGGAUGCACGCAGCCGGGCCAGCCCCAUGGCGAGAAGGGGACUGCUGGUCACCCCUGUGGGGCAAUAAAAGCCCCAGUGUGGGGAGUGCAGGGCAGUGGGGCUGCGUGCCCGCGGCAGCCUCGCCCCGAGCACCUCGCCCCUGCAGGCUGCUAUUCCCUGUCGGUACGGCACGCUGAGCGCGCCUCCUGGGACGCGGUGACACACUACAGCAUCCACGCGCUGGGGAACGGCUGGCUCUACAUCUCACCCCGCCUCACCUUCCCCAGCCUGCACGCCCUGGUGGACCACUACUCCGAGUUCAGAGAGGGGCUGCGCUGCCUCCUGAGAGAGCCCUGCUCCAUGGAAAGGGUGGGGGUGGCCCCCGUCCCUUCCGUGCCCGCUGUUGUGAAGAAACCACUCUGCUGGGACAAGAUCAACAGUUCCCUCCUGUCCUCGGAGGCCACAUCCCCACCCGAGGACGACUCUCCCAUCAGCCCGGGCCUGCGGGAAGCCAUCCGCUCCUACCGCCUCCUGACAGAGACAGCCGGCCCCGGGCAGGGGCCCGCGGGGAAGGGGGCAAAGACCAGCUGAGGGCAGGGCCCCACAUGGCCACGGCCCCACAGCAGACACCCAGCCCUCAUCACAGCCUUCACCUGGUCUCAGUCACCAUUCCUUGCUGGUGCUGUGGGAGCUGGGGGCCGCGGGCACGGGCAGCCCAGACCAAGGUAGGGGAGUGCAGGCACCAAGGGCCCAUCCUCCCCAAAGCCAGGAGCUUUAGGACGUGAUGUCUGAGCAUCCUGAGCAUCACCCAGCACCCACGGGAGGACAAAGCAGGGGAUGGACAGAGAAGGGGCCCUGCCCCACCUGCGUUCCCACAGCAGCACGGAAAUGGGAUGCAAACACCCAACAAGCCGAAGCCUGGCCCAGGUGGGGAAACAACCCCAUGCCCUCAGACACAUCGAGUUCCUGCAGAAACAUAUUUGGGGUGAGGUAUCUGUGCAGGACAGUGCCUGGGAGCAGCAGCCACAGACCCUUUUGCUAUCACUCAUCCCCCUCCCCCUGCCGCUUGGGACCAGCAGAGCAGCCCAGAAAAAACAGCCUCUUGCUGCACCUGAAGUAGCUGAUUUCUAAACCUUUUAACACAUGGAUUGUACUGGGUUUAAGGUCCGUAAAACAGGAUCCUGCUGGACAUGUAAUAAUAGCCAUUUACAAUAUCGUAAUUAAAGGGCAUCUUGUUCACA